GUGUUUUCGUUGCAUCCUUACUCGCCACACCCUCCUCCUGGGAACAUGCUGGCCACGCCCGAGUCGCCCCCCAUGAGUCACUCUAUGGUGCUUCGCGAAGCCCAGCGCAUUGUGCAGCGUCUGGAGGAGCUGGCCACAACACCACUGGUCGACACGUGCCAAAUCACGCUGGUAGACUUCACCCUGGACAGCCCUGAGCUCAAGGCGGGCAGCACGCCUUGCCGCAAGCUCUUUCAGUCUCCAGAAAAGGAGGCUCUCAAGUAUGCGGACAACUCGACUGAGAGUUUGCUGGCCUUUGCUGAGGAGCACUUGGGCGCCAUUUCUUUGUACGCGAGCACACCGCUACAGUUGCCCCCGACUGCCCCCGAAUUUGAGGCGGGCUUUACCAUCGACACAACAGACGCGGGACCUGGUGCACUUGUCCCUGGAGUGUUGGCCACUGGUGCAGGAGAGGCGCCUUCAAGCCCAGGCCUUGCGAUCGAUCGCAAAGCACUCGAACAUUUUGGCGCUUGGAAGAGUGCCAGAGCUGAAGUAUCGCCAGACGGUGCACCACAAACGUCUUCCUCAGCCACACGGAAUGAAGCAAUUCACCUCCAGGUGUCAUACCAGGGGGCCAACAGCCCCGACCACCACAUUGGAACUCCACCAUUGCCGGCUCUUGGGGAGUCGUUUGUCAUCGCCAGAGGCGGCUCCCCCACUGCCACCACAGUGGCCUCGCAUGGAUUGCCCAUUGCCGAGACAACCUUUACCAUCCCUGCUGUUCCCUCUGCGGAGACGGCAACAAAGCAAGCUCCCUCGACCCCGCCAGACGCAACUACGAUCAGAGUGGUGAAUGGCUCAUUGCGCCGGCCAUCUUCUAAAGGUGCACCAUCAGUUGGCAAGACCCUUUUAUCUACAUCCCACGCACCAGUACAGCGUCCUGCAGGGCGGCUGUCCAUGCCCAUCAAGCCCAGGGCAGUCAUGGUGCGGCCCAGUUCGGCAACCACGACAGCAGCCGACACGACGUUUGCCAGGGACACUCAACGUCCUGCUGGGCGGCUGUCGUUGGCCACCAAGCCCAGGGCAGUCCCAGUGCGGCCCAGUGCUGCAACUGAAGCAGUGGCUGACACCAAGUUUGCCAGAGAGGCCCCAGUGAGACCACCGACCGCCCCAAAAGGUGUUCAGCAACCGAAGAUCGGGUCCGCGUCUGGGGCCUCAAAACCUGCUCGAGGGAUGCCUUCUGCGCCUGCUGCGACAAAGCGGCCUGCAGCCCGACCGACGCCAGCUGUGCCUGAGCCACGUAGGCCACUGAGACCACCUGCAGGACUGACUGGGGUCUCGAGAAGCCUCCAACCAGUUGGUGGGGCGACCAGUGGACCGGCACGAGGCUCAGCGGCCAGGCUAUCCGCUGCUCCAAAGGCGCCACGACCUCUCCUCUACUGGUGA